AUCCAUGAAAUCUGAAUUUGAUUUAUCCAUCGUGUUUGUGGUGGCGUUUUAAUACGGUCUCUUUCUGGGGUGUCCUCCACGCUCGGAAGCCAUGGAUGAACUCGCUUGAAGGGCCCAAUCUUUGCUUCCCCACCCAACCUUCGCCAUUGAAGACUCACCCUUAUUCUCUAAAUUACCAGGCGUCGUUUUCCGCUCCAUUUUAUUCAUUCAUUUAUUCUAUUCUAUUUUUAUAUUAUUAUUAUUUUGGUAAUCAAUUAACGCUUGUUUAAUCGUCAUCUCCAAUUGGGGUGGUGGGAGAGUAAUUACCAAAUAUUCUCCCGGCUAAAUAAGACCCUCAGCUCCAUUCUCGUUUGUUCAAUAAAUUAAAUUUCAGGGUUAGGUAUGGCAAUGGCAAAGACGAAGCAAUCUGAGAAGUUUUCUGUAGACUUCGUAAUUGGAGGAGUUGCAGCAGUGAUAUCAAAGAGCGCAGCGGCACCCAUUGAAAGGGUGAAGCUUUUGCUGCAAAAUCAAGGGGAGAUGGUCAAAAGAGGACAGCUGAGGAGACCGUACAUGGGAGUUGGUGAUUGCUUUCAAAGGGUUUUCAGAGAAGAAGGUUUUUUCUCUUUCUGGAGAGGAAACCAGGCCAGUGUCAUACGAUAUUUCCCGACUCAGGCUUUCAACUUUGCAUUCAAAGGUUACUUCAAAAGCAAAUUUGGACGCUCCAAAGAAAAAGACGGAUACUUACUGUGGUUCGCAGGAAAUUUGGCUUCAGGAAGUGCUGCAGGAGCAACCACUUCUUUAUUUCUAUAUCAUUUAGAUUAUGCACGAACAAGACUAGGAACUGAUGCAAGGGAGCAUUCUGUUAAUGGUCAGCGCCAGUUCAAAGGGUUAAUUGAUGUUUACAGUAAAACUUUGUCAAGUGACGGAAUGGCAGGCCUGUAUCGGGGAUUUGGAGCUUCAAUAAUGGGGAUUACACUGUACCGAGGCAUGUACUUUGGAAUAUAUGACACCAUGAAGCCUAUCAUUUUGGUUGGGCCUUUAGAGGGGAAUUUUCUAGCUAGUUUUUUCCUAGGUUGGAGUAUUACAACAGUCUCUGGGGUGUGUGCAUAUCCCUUUGACACUCUUCGAAGAAGAAUGAUGUUAACCUCUGGACAACCCUCCAAGUAUCGCAAUGCGAUGCAUGCUUUCCGUGAGAUAGUUCGCCUUGAAGGUUUCACAGCACUGUAUCGAGGAGUCACCGCAAAUAUGCUUCUUGGUGUUGCUGGUGCUGGAGUUCUUGCAGGAUAUGAUCAGCUACACCAGAUGGCAUAUAGACAUGGUUACUGUUUUGAGCCACGGCAAACAACUUUGAAGUGAAAGUAGGACAUGGAUCCAGUUGUGCACACUAGUUUUUUUUUUUCUUUUUCAGUUUAUUCAUACCCUAAAAGGGUAAAUUUAAGAAAAUAUUGAUUCAAAUCAUACAUCUUCCUGAUAAGCCUGGGAGAAUAACUUGUAUAUUCUAUGUACAGUUGAAACACAAUCUUUUAUCAAUCUUACUACCGGUAGGAUUGUUGGUACAAAAGCAGUAGUAGAAGCAUAUUCUUUAUCAA